ACACCGGUCCUUAUGAAGGAUAUACUUAAGGGCCCGUUUGGAUAACCAAACUGUGUUAAAACGGAUCCAACAAAUUCGGACCCUAAAUUUUGGCCCGGUAAAUUUGUUCUUUCUCCUCUCGCGAUUUUCUGUCUUCCAUUGAAAUCGAGCUCUGGUACCAGGCUAGGGUCCCAUAAUGGGUGUGGAACCGCAAAAAGACCAACCGAAAGAGAUGGACUGGAAAACUCUGGGUGGAACGGAGAGUAGUGAGGCUAAUGUUGGACCAGCUGUGAAGAAACGGCUUCCAAAAAGGAUUCGACAAGUUCCUGAGUAUUAUUUUCUUCCACGAAGAUCCUUACCAUACUCCAUCGCCUUUUAUGGGUCGUUUAUUGCUGCAGGUGUUGGUGCAGGAAUGCUACUCGAAGCAUGGAUCAAUAAGAAGGUAAAAGAGGAUGGAGGAGUCAUUUGGGAGUUCGACAAGUGAACGAUGUGUUCUUUUCAUGUUUGGAUUGCUACUGCUUUUGCCUCAAGGAGUUCACUGAAGAUGAAUAGCAUAACCAUUACUACAUGAUGAUAAAUGCUUCUUCAGCAUCCAAUUCAACUUGUAGGUUGUAAUAUUUCAGGUGCACAGUGCAGAACAGAUGUGUUGAAUUUGGCAAACAAUACUAAAACAUUAGGUCGUAUUUUUACCUUAAUAGCUUAACCUUUGAAUAAAUAGAGAGGCCAGGCAAGUGGCCUUCCUAUGAAUAUACCCUGAUACUGAAUAGUUUCGGAAACAACAUCUCUACCUUCACGAGCUAGGUGUAAGGUAUUCGUA